AAGUAAGACCGUAUUGAUGCAACAUCCCUGUUGUUCACUGGUUACUGCUCGCUUCAUUCUUUCUCGGAUCGCAGGAUCAAUGGCCAACUAACGCUCGCAGAAACACUACAGUUUCUAGAUAUUUAAAGGGUUUAAAGUGAGCCGUUUGUGACACCUGUCAGAGAUGCCGGGCCUCAGCUGUAGGUUUUACCAGCACCGUUUCCCGGAGGUGGAGGAUGUGGUGAUGGUGAAUGUGCGCUCCAUUGCCGAGAUGGGCGCGUAUGUCAGUCUGCUGGAGUAUAACAACAUUGAGGGCAUGAUCCUGCUGAGCGAGCUGUCGCGCAGGCGCAUCCGCUCCAUCAACAAACUCAUCCGCAUUGGCCGCAAUGAAUGCGUGGUGGUCAUCAGAGUGGACAAAGAGAAGGGAUACAUAGAUUUGUCCAAGAGAAGAGUGUCUCCGGAAGAAGCCAUCAAGUGUGAAGAUAAAUUCACCAAAUCUAAAACCGUGUACAGUAUUCUACGGCAUGUCGCUGAAGUGUUGGAGUACACUAAGGACGAGCAGUUGGAGAGUUUGUUCCAGCGCACCGCAUGGGUGUUUGACGAGAAAUACAAGAAACCUGGAUACGGCGCCUAUGACGUCUUCAAACAAGCUGUGUCUGAUCCCGCCAUCCUGGAUGGUUUGGAUCUGAAUGAGGAAGAGAGGAACGUGCUCAUCGACAACAUCAACAGACGGCUCACUCCACAGGCCGUCAAAAUAAGAGCUGACAUUGAGGUGGCGUGUUAUGGAUAUGAAGGCAUUGAUGCUGUUAAAGACGCUCUGAGGGCGGGACUAAACUGCUCCACAGAGGCCAUGCCUAUCAAGAUAAAUCUGAUCGCACCACCACGGUAUGUCAUGACCACCACGACUCUGGAGCGCACAGAGGGUCUGUCGGUGCUCAACCAGGCCAUGACUGCCAUAAAGGAGCGGAUUGAGGAGAAACGAGGAGUCUUCAAUGUCCAGAUGGAGCCCAAAGUGGUCACAGACACAGAUGAAACAGAACUGCAGCGACAGCUUGAGCGUUUGGAGCGAGAGAACGCAGAGGUGGACGGCGAUGACGACGCAGAGGAAAUGGAAGCCAAAACAGAGGACUAGAUGAAAAAAUGGACCAACAACUCCUUCAGUGCAGAAAUGGUCUCAAAUACUGUUUUUGCAUGGUAGCAGCCAACCAGUGACAUUGCAGCAAAUUAACAUUUACAGAAGUGAAAACAUUAUAAAGCAGUGAAAACCUGAUUUUGUUUUUAACCGGUGGCCUUUAAAACCUUUUAACCCAUCACAACUAUUUCAGCUGAUUCAACCAUGCAGAGUGAAAACUUUUGAUUUUGCUAUUGUAAUUUUUGGUGAAUUAAAAUGUUUCUCGCUCUACUUCAAUCUCAGUAAAAUUCUGGAAAGUUGUUGGAAGUUUUGUAUUCUUUUCCAUCUAUUUUUUCAACUGUCACAUGUUCAGCGUGUCACGCAUUUGACGCUCUUCUCAUGCCAAUUUUCAUUUUUUCACUGACAAAAACGAAAUAAAAACCAGUUUUGAAAAACUAGGACGAAAAUCUAUUGACAUUUUCGCCAACUAAUAAAAACGAGACGAAAAUGUUAGGGACAAUUUGGGAAGAAAUCCAGUCAGUCAACCGAUCCUGCAUGGUAGAUGCGCACAAUUAACGUCACUUGCUGGAUGUCUCAUAAGAUGUAAAUGGAGAAAGAGAAGGGCAGACAUGGAUGGCUGAAAAGCAUUAUGGCGUGAAAGAGAGCUCAAUUGAGUUCGGUUUUCUGUGCGCACACGCAAAGCCGCCUCUCAGACAGCGUACGAGUACUGAAUUGAGCUCUCUUUUGCGUCUUUCUGUGCUUGAAUUGACAAAUACACAAAAAAUUAUCAAAAUGUCCAUUUUGGUGAGUGUUCACGUAAACACGGGGUUGUCGUAAGUGAACCUAAACAGUUGGGAGGAUAUCGGAUGUGUAUCAGUGUAUUGGAUCCGUGCAUUCAACCUUAAAGUGACGGAUAUCUAAUAACCUGCUGCUGUCUGUCAUUGUUAAUCAAACAACAAAAGAAAAAGAGAAAAUCACUCCGUGUUCUUGACUGAAUAACUUUAAUAAGGAUCUUUUUUUAAAGAACUAUCUCUGCUUGAAAGAAUGAAGAAUGUAUGCAAGUUGUUAUAAAGAAUGAAUCAAUUAAAAAGAAGAACAUG